CCUUGUUCUGCCGGAUCGCACAAAGUGGCAGCGGGCCCAUGACUCGCGAUGGUGUACCUGCGCCAGCUGAUGCCUACUCGCGGCUUCCUGCUGGGCUUUUGGCGUAAAGGACCCCCAGGCCGGCGCUGGAUCCACGCAAGACCCGAGCACACCUCGCAGCAGCUGCAGCAGAAGCUGCUCACGCGGCCUCGGGAGGAUCUCCUUUCUCCUGGCAGGACGGGGCGACUGGGCAGGUCGCAGUCCAACUUCAUCCCGGCCCCCACGCAAGAGCCAGGCCCCAAGGCGACGGCGGCAGUUCGCAAGCAGCUGCAGCUCAGCAAGUACCCCCAGGAUUUGUUGCAGCACUUGGAGCGUGCAGCGGCAGAAGGCAAGUUGGACCCGACAGUCAUCGGCGCCGCCAUGAAGCGUUGCGAGCAGGGCAGGUUUUGGGAUGCGCUGCUCAGGGCGCGAAGCCUGCAGAAGAAGGAGAAGAUCUUGUUGGGACCUGUGCAGGUCAGCAUCUACUUGACGGCCUUGGCCAGGUGCGCCAGUGGUGAACGAGGCUCAGUGCAAGAGGCCAGGCGGCGCCAAGUCUUUGCUUUGGCGCGGGAGGCAUUCGAUGGCUCCGCGUUCGAUGGCUGGGACUCGGUCACUGGCAGUAUCGUCUUGAACUCUGCGCUGUCCUUUGGGCAGGUGAGGCACGCAUGCUCGAUUUCAGCCGACCCUGACGCCGCCCGAUGGGCCAAAGACUUGUGGGAGACGGCUGCAAGACAUGGGGUCCAACACAGCAAUUCCAACUACUCGUCGCUUGCUACCUUGUGGGAGAAGCUGGGCGCGGCAGACGCGGUGGAUGAGCUCUUGGCCCUGGCGGCGCAAGGGCCGCCGCGCUGGCGGCCCAGCCACGUGACCCUGGCGGCGCUGGUGGAUGCGGCCGGGGAGCGCAGGGACUGGAAGCGAGCAGAAGCGCUGUGGAGCAGGUUGGUGCGCCUGGGUGUGGCGCCGCAGCUGGCGGCCGCCGCCCGUGCAAAGGCGCACCUGCUCUGCGGCCGCGUGCACGCCUGCACCCAGCUGGCCGCUGGCGAAGGAGCCGGAGGCUACAAGCUGGCAGAGCUCGAAGUGCAAGCUUUGCUGGUCGCGUACCACUCGGCACCAGAACCUGCGAUGGAAGAGCGCUUGCGCGCUGCGCUGCGGAACGGGGAGGACUGCUUAAAGCGUGAGUCCAGCCACCGACAGCUUCGAGACUGGAAGCUGUUGCGGCAGGCGGGUGAGUUGCUGCUGGCGGGGCAGCCGCAGCUUCGGCUGCGGGAGGUGCUGCUGAGCUACAUCGCCCGCAGGUCCGUGAUGAUGGAGUGGCCCAACCACCCGGCAGCCACCCGAUAUCUGCACCCGGAGGCGCCGGAGGAUCUGGAUGUCGGGAUCCGGCCUGAAACCUGAGGGCCAUUCCGAGUGUACAUAUGGCGUCCAGACAGCCCAGACACAGG